AACAGAUGUAAGGUAUUAUGCAUCGUAUUCGUACAUCCCGUAAUAGCAAUCAGAAUUGCCCAAUAACAAAUUCUAUCGCAUAGGCAUAGCUUCAGCGAGUUGUACAUACUUAGUAGGGUUAUAAUUAUAUUUGUUAAAAUACGAAUACCGGGUCAUACUACGAUAAUACACAUCCCAAUGUACUAGCAUAUGACAAUAAUUCAUGGUUUAAAAUGUGCCUGUCAUUUGAAAGUCUAUGCAAGGUAUUCCUCAAGUGGAGAUAGUCAUUUACUCAAGUAAUCCACCUUAAAAUGCAGAGUGAUUACAGUGAUUGCAAACAAGAUUUAAAACGAAAUAAUCAGCAGUCCGUGUUGGAAUCAUUUAUUGCUGGAUCAUGUUCUGGGACCGUGUCCACUAUUUUAUUUCAACCUUUGGAUUUAAUCAAGACCAGACUUCAGAGUAAAGUAACACGGCCAGUAGGCACCCCUUCACCGGGAAUAGUGGAUAUUGCGAUCUACGUAAUACGUAAUGAGAACGUGUUUGGAUUAUGGAGGGGCAUUACACCAUCCCUAAUCCGAGUGGUACCUGGGGUUGGAUUGUACUUUGCAUCAUUGAACUGGUUGCAAAGUACUCUUCAUCUCAAAGAGCCGCUAACUUCGCUGGAAGCAAUUGCAUUGGGUAUUACCGCUCGUUCUAUGGCUGGAACUAUGCUCAUUCCUAUUACAGUUGUAAAGACACGAUUUGAGAGUGGCAUUUACAAGUACAGUAGCAUGCGUUCGGCCCUAUAUGCCAUUUACAAGUACGAAGGUACCAAAGGUCUGGUGUGCGGUCUAGUACCAACGUUAUUUCGCGACGCACCUUUCAGCGGGCUAUAUCUCAUGUUUUAUACCCACUGCAAAAAGGCAAUACCCCAAGAUUACAAAAGUUCCAGUAGAACAACUUCAAUGCACUUUGCGUGUGGAUUGUUCGCUGGAUUAUUGGCUUCAUGUGUAACUCAACCAGCAGAUGUAAUAAAGACUAGAAUGCAGAUUUAUCCUCAGGAAUUCAAAACACUCUACACUUCUUUUGUUUCCGUUUAUAACGAACACGGAAUCCUUGGCUAUUUUAAGGGAAUCGUGCCUCGUAUGUUACGGAGAACAUUAAUGGCUGCAAUAACUUGGACGAUAUAUGAAGAAGUAACUAGUAAAUAAACAACGUUCGCGGUAGUGUUUCGUUCCAGUAAUCAGGUGGAUGGAAAGAUCAUAUUGUUGUAAAAUAUGUGUAUUGUAAUGUGGCCAUCUGUGGGAGUGUAACAUCCAGCAAGAAUUUUAAUUGCGGCCUGGCAUGUUCAGUGGCCAGCGCAAUCCCACAGAAAACGAGAGGUUCCAGGUUCAAAGUCCCGUCUAGUCCGAACCGUGAAACAUUUUUGCCGAACUCACAGAAUUACACGUCACAGUAUAUAUCUGUGCAGGUAUGCUGAUAAGGAGAACACAUAUAAAGUUUGCUCAUCGUAUACACGAUAUGUGUAUAUAUAUUCACGUGAAAUGUACCCGUGAGGGUAUUAUUGAUCAUAACUGAGCAGUGUAAUUACAUUUUAAGAUACAAUCAGGCCUAAGUCGCAUGAAUAAUAAAAAUGCAAUAAAUCAUAUUUUAACCAUACUUUGAGUAUUUUUAUGCAGAAAAUUAUGUAUAGGUAUAUUUAGAAAUAAUAUCUUAUGCGAGAGUAAAAAGUACGAAGAUUG